AUGCGACUGGUUACCGUCAAACCUUUGACCACACAAAGUGUAACAAACAUGAGCGAUAACGAAAAGGUCUAUGGUCGGGAGUCCCGCUCUGCCUCGAGGAGUGCUUCUCGGGGCUCCCACGGCUCUGGAAAGUCAGCGAGUCACUCCCCGGCUCGUUCUAAGGAUGGCUCCCGCCAUUCCCGCUCCAAAUCUCGUUCCCGAUCAAGGUCUAAAUCUGGUUCCCGUCGCGGCUCCAAGCGCCAUUGCAGCCGUUCUCGCUCCCGCUCGCGCUCCUACCGCAGACGCUCUCGCAGCCGCUCCUACAGUGGUGAGCGACGCCACCGGAGCCACAGCCGGUCCCCUAUGUCCAACCGCCGCAGACACAUCGGCAACAGAGCAAAUCCGGACCCAAACGCCUGUAUUGGAGUUUUUGGCCUAAGUUUGUACACCACAGAGCGGGACCUGAGGGAUGUCUUCUCCAAAUACGGUCCCUUAGCAGACGUCGGUAUUGUGUAUGACCAGCAAUCGAGGCGCUCCAGGGGCUUUGCUUUUGUUUACUUUGAGAACACGGCUGAUUCAAAAGAAGCAAAGGAGAGGGCAAAUGGCAUGGAGCUGGAUGGGCGCAGGAUUAGAGUGGACUUCUCAAUAACAAAAAGACCUCACACACCGACACCUGGGAUCUACAUGGGCCGACCGACAUAUGGUGGAGGCGGACCCAGUGGCCCUCGCCGGCACUCUCGAGACUCUCGAGACUCUCGUGACUAUGACCGUGGGUAUGAACGAGGGUAUGACCGAGGAGACCGGGGAGAUAGAGGCGGCGACAGGGGAGAUAGAGGCGGCGACAGGGGAGAUAGAGGAGGAGGCUAUGAUCGAUAUGAGGACAGGGACUACUACAGAUCAUACAGAAAACGCUCUCCGUCUCCUUACUACAGGGGUGCAUACAGGUCCCGGUCCAGGUCACGAUCCUAUUCACCUCGUCGAUAUUGA